AUGGCCAGCAACUCCGGCUCUGAAGUUAAUCAAGGCCAGCUACCCAAGACAUCGUCCAGAUGCUUGACGGAGAGCUUCACCACGCAGCAUGAUUUCGAGGUGACCAGUUGCCGGUUGCUUGAUGGCAUCGGUGUCACCAAGUACGUUCUCUCAAGCCACUUCAGCGUCGCUGGCUUUGAAUGGUUUAUCAGUUUCUUCCCGGAUGGGUGGACUCUGGACUAUGCUGGCCAUGCGUCGGCCUUUCUGCAACGUGUCAUCCGAGCGAACGACACGCAUUGUGUGAGGACUAAGUUCACCUUAAACAUGCUGGAGAAAGACAGCGAAGCCCAAGUAACCACAUUCGAUGAGAUAGACCAUGUCUUUUGGGGGGCAAACCCAUUUAAUGGCCACGCAAAAUUCGUUGAGAAAUCGAAGCUGAAAUCAUUGUCGCGGUCCAACAAUGGCUACUUGAUUAUACGCUGUGUUCUCACCGUGAUAAAAGAAUCUCGCACGGAGGUUAAGAGGAACACUGUUGCGGUUCCGCAACCGAAUCUACAAGACCAGCUCCGGCAACUGCGGAAGGAUGGACAGGGAGCAGAUGUGACAUUCAGCGUGGGUGGCCAAUUAUUCAAAGCUCACAGAUGCUUGUUGGCUGCACGGUCUCUGGUUUUCAAGGCGGAGCUCUUUGGUCCGAUGAAGGAGAAAGAAACACAGUGCAUUAAAAUCGACGACAUCGACCCUGAAAUAUUUGAGGCGCUUCUCCACUUCAUAUACACAGAUUCCAUGCUAGUCGAUGAGCACUGCAAAGAAAGCAAACCUGCAAAACUGCAGCAUCUGCUAGUUGCCUCGGAUCGAUAUGGAUUGGAUAGGCUAAAGGUGAUGUGUGAAAGUAAAUUGUCUGAGUGCAUUGACGUAGAGACUGUUGCAACAACACUGGUUUUGGCAGAGCAACACCACUGCAAGGAUCUCAAAGAAGCUUGUGUUGAGUUUAUGGCUCCACGGAAUGUUCUGCAAGCUGCCAUGGCAACAGAUGGUUUCAAGCAUUUGGUAGCAAGCUGUCCUUUUGUCAUGAAGGAGUUAUUAGACAUGGUGUCCCGUAGUGGCUAG